AUGGCGCCUGCGGGGAGAGGAGACAACGGGCCGAGGGCGGGUCAGCAGCGCCGCGGCGCCCCACAGCCUGCCCGCUCCGCCCGCCCCGCCUGCCCAGUACACAGACCUGGACCUUCGGCCACCGCUCCGCUCCGCGGCCGCACAGGGGAGCGGCUUCCGGUGCUGCUGCGUCAUCUCCACGCGUCCCUCCGCCCGGCGCUCGGCGGAAGCGACUGCACUUCCGGCCUCACCCGGAGGGAAGGACUGGACAAGAAGAAGCAGGUGACAUUCUGCAGACUUCGGACUCACCAGUGGUGUUUCAUUCUGUUUAAUGUCAUACUAUUUCAUGCCUUGCUAUUUGGGGCUGACUUUGUGGAAGAAUACUUUCUUCAUUCUUUGCCUCAUGUAGAUAUGAAAAUUCUUGAAAUUAAGAACAAGGCAAGAAAAUUGAACAUGGAACCUUUAAGAAAUAAUCCUUCCAAAUAUUACAUCCUGAGCCAGCCGGAGGUGUGUCGCGGGAAGAACAUUUUUCUGCUCUCUCUUAUCUUCAGUAGCCCAGGAAAUGGAACAAGACGGGAUCUCAUCAGGAAAACCUGGGGCAGUGUGACCAGUGUCCAAGGAUACCCCAUUCUCACACUGUUUGCUCUGGGAAUGCCAGUUUUGGUAACUACCCAGAGAGAGAUAGACAUAGAAUCUCACAAGAAUAAUGAUAUAAUUGAAGGAAUCUUCUUGGACAGUUCUGAAAACCAAACCCUGAAGAUCAUCACAAUGGCCCAGUGGGCUGUGACUUUCUGUCCUAAUGCCCUAUUCAUUCUCAAAGCUGAUGAGGAGAUGUUUAUCAACAUACCAAGCCUGGUGGACUAUCUUCUCAAUCUGAAAGAACACCUUGAAGGGGUCUAUGCAGGAAGAGUUAUUCAUCAGGAUAUACCCAACAGAGACCCCCAGAGCCAAGAAUUUGUCCCUGUUAGUGAGCAUCCAGAAAAAUACUACCCAGAUUACUGCAGUGGUGAGGCCUUUAUAAUGUCCCAAGAUGUGGCUCGGAUGAUGUAUGUGGUUUUCAACCAAGUACCUGUUAUGGUACCUGCAGAUGUGUUUGUAGGAAUUUGUGCUAAGUCCAUCGGUCUUAUACCCACUCACAGUUCAAGGUUUUCUGGAAAAAGACACAUUCGAUAUAAUAGAUGUUGCUAUAAAUUCAUUUUUACAUCCUCAGAAACUACAGAUGCUGAAAUUUCCCUGGCAUGGGAGGAAAUUAACGAUGGGAAAGAGUGUUCACUGAUUGAGACUUACUAUGGGCUCAUUUCUUGCAAGCUUCUAACAUACCUCGACAGCUUUAAGCAUUAUUACAAGGAAACGACAAAAGACAGUGCUAUGUAUUUGGGUGAUUAG